UCUACAGAAAUACAUCCAAAUUUGUGUGUCUCUCUCUCUAUCUAAACUCAAAUCCCUAAUUCCAAAACCAAUUCACCGUUCUUCGUUUUAAAGGGAACAAAUUUUUAUGGCAUUUGAAUGCCAAAAAUCUACUGAAACUGGUUUGUUGAGAAGUGUGGUCAAUUGUUUAGAGGACUCUGUUAUAGGCAAAGGUGAAUCUAAUUUAACAGGAUCUUUGAGCAAUAAGGGUUGCAUUCUUGACUCUGAUAUAAGAAACCCCAAAACAAAAUUGAAUGGUGAACAUUAUGUUUUGAUUCCAAAUGGCAAUGAGAAACACCCUGCAGAAGAAAUUUUACCUAAUUGUAGGUCAAUAAAUGAUCUUCCUCCAGCUUUGAUAUCUGAGAUCCUUAACUGCUUAGACCCGAAGGAGCUCGGUAUUGUUUCUUGUGUGAACUCGUCUUUGUAUCAGCUUGCAUCUGAGCACCAAGUGUGGAAGGAUUUUUACUGUGAGAGGUGGGGGAAUCCAGCUAUUCCGGCGCCAUUGGGGCCGGGGAAUUCGGAUGUGAAGACUUGGAAGGAUCUUUUUGUGGAGAGGGAGUUUCGUAGCAAGACGUUCCUGGGGCGAUACAGUGUUGACACCUUGUAUGGUCAUACGGAGGCAGUUAGGACGGUGUUUGUUUUAGCUUCGAAGAAGCUUGUGUUUACUUCGGGGUAUGAUCAGAUAGUUCGAAUGUGGGACAUGGAAGAAGGGUUGUCUAUUGCUUCUUCCCGCCCUCUUGGAUGCACUGUCCGUGCUGUUGCUGCUGAUUCAAAAUUCUUGUUAGCUGGCGGUACUGAUGGAUUCAUACAUGGUUGGAGGGCGGAGGAUGGAAAUCCUCAUUUGUUUGACCUUAGAGCUCCUCAGAACCCGAGCAAAGAAUUCCGACUUUGGGAACAUCAAGGCCCCAUAACUUGCCUUGCAGUGGGCUUUAAUAAGAUUUAUAGUGGAUCAUGGGACAUGACUGUACGUGUUUGGGAUUGUUCUUCGCUGAAAUGUUUGAAUGUUUUGAUGCACAAUGACUGGGUAUGGAGCCUAGUUCCUCACGAUACUACAGUGGCGAGUACAUCAGGAUCAGACGUCUAUCUUUGGGACACCAAUAGCGGGAUGAAACUCGCUGUCGUUAACAAUGCUCAUGUCGGUAAUGCUUACUCUUUGGCAAGAAGCCACACCGGGAAGCUUCUAUUCACCGGGGGAGAAGACGGAGCCAUACACAUGUUUGAGGUUGUAAAAAACGCAAGGUGUCAUGUAAAGAAGGUCGCAACAUGGGUUCCUCACUCGGGCCCUGUUUAUUCUCUUGCAUUUGAAUUCCCCUGGCUUGUUUCCGCUUCCAGUGAUGGAAAACUGGCACUUAUCGAUGUGAGGAAGUUAUUGAAGACAAGUAGGUAUUCAGCAACAGGAAGUCGUCCUUGUAAGGUUGACAAUCUGGACCAUACAAGUGUUGAGCCUCCGCAACGAAUGCUUCAUGGAUUCGGGUCCAAUCUAUUUGCCGUGGAUAUUGGUCUGGAUCGUAUUGUGUGUGGAGGUGAAGAAGGCGCUGUUAGGAUCUGGAACUUCUCACAAGCGUUGGAGAUAGAGCAGAGGGUCCGUGCUUUACGAGGUUUAAGGUUAGAAAACAGGAUGAGGAGGCGUAAGCUUCAGUCCAACAUGAAUAGCAAAGGUAGCCGGAGUGAUCAGUGCUCGGUUGCAGCAAAGAAGAACCAAAUCAAUGGCGAUAGGAAUAGUUGGCAGAACAAGCGUAGGGUAAGCGGGAAGCUGAAGGCUUAGGAUCGGGCGACUCCUGAUUAUUUCUAAGCAGUAAAUUUCAUUUGCUCAUAGCUAAUCAUGUAGGUAUAUACAUUCAUCACAUUGUUAAGAUUCUGUCAUUGUUUCCCUUUCCCUCAUUCUGGUUAUAUGCAUGAAUGCCUUUUCCCUUAAAUUCUUCAUUUGUCUGUUAAUACUGGAUUAAUAUGAUUCUAACUGUAAUGUUUCUGUAAAUCUUGCUCUUUGGUCA